GUUUUGGUUUGUUGAUUUUACGGCGGCUGGUACGGACUGCAGCUCAAUCGGUUUGCUUUUCCUGCGCUUGCGGACGAUGUCUGGAACUGGCGACGUCCAUCGUUAAGACUUCCUGAGCAUAUCGUUAUCACGCGAAGCCGAUGCGAUGGCGAUUCAAGAAAUGACGACGGAUGUUUGGUCGAUCGUUGAGCGGUUCGUAAUGUUUCACGAGGCCGGUGAAUCCAUAAAUCAGGAGAAGGCUGAUGCCGUCGCGAACUUGCUGCAGCGAAAGGAAGUAGCUUCCGUCUUGGCACCUUGGUUCUUGCACGAGUACGACAAGCAACUGCGACGGGACAUCAUCCCGAGGUUUUGGUCCAGUUUCAAGUCAGUGCCCAAGUCGAACCUGAAGGAUACAAGGGCCACUUUUAGAAGAGCGGUUACCGAAUUGCACGCGACAAUAGAAAAGUGCCUGUCAAGUGCCCAAUUCAUCGCCUCCACGCAAGUAAGGCAGGGCGGCGACGAUGCAACAGAAGCCGUCACAGCUCCUCGAUGCUCUAUUUUAGACUCUGUGUACGAUAGUCUGCAGGAAGCAUUGCAGCUGUCUGUGCCACCAGAGUUCAACCAAGUCUUGUUGAAGUUUUACUCUGCUGCAUUCCGGGCAUUUCAUCAUGUUGCAGGGGAAGAUGAUGGAAACGAUCAAUACGAAUGCACCGGGUGUGAGCUUGACGCUGACAACUGUGAAUGCUCGCUCCUUCUUGAUGACUUCGAGAAUAUUAACAAGAAAUUGCACGAUCUUCGCUUGCUAGAUGCUGUCGUCCGAGAUGCCGUUUCAACGGUUGCAUACAAGUACAUAGAAAAGCACAUACAAAGCACCUGCAGGGGCAACUUUGAAAGCAGAUUCUUGGAUAAUCUGGAGAAGUGGCUUACCACAACCGUGAUGGAGUGGUUCCGAUUGCUGUACAAAUACGAAACUGGGCCCGAGACAGAUGCAGCACUUAGGUCUCUAGAGGACCACCUGCGGUAUUUCUUGUACGACACCUAUGUCAUGGCCCGUGUGGACCAGCUCUUCAACAUUAUCAUAGAGUUUCCCGAAUCUCAAGCUGCCCUGGAAGACCUGAAGGAUUGCCUUGAAAGGACAGACCUAAAGUCGAAAGUUAUUCAUUCUUUAAAGAGCUCCAUGGAAAGGAGACUCUUGCAUCCAGGAGUGGAAACAACCCAGAUAUUGACUGCCUAUAUAUCAGCCAUCAAGGCACUGCGUGUUCUUGACCCGACGGGAUACAUUUUGCAGCUUGUCUGUGAGCCUGUGUGCAAGUAUUUGAGGACACGCGAAGACACGGUGAGGUCUAUAGUCUCGAACUUGACAGAUGACAGCUGUGCGGAGCUUGAAGCGGAGCUCGUCAAGUUCACACCGAUUUCUGUUGAAGACAGCUGCAUGAGUGAUGACGACGACGAAGACUGGCAGAACUGGCGGCCAGCCCCACUUGGCAAUGAACAGGCAGUGCAGGUGUCGAAAGGUGCACGUACUUCCGAUAUAGUCAGUAUGCUGGUGAACAUCUACGGAAGCAAGAAGCUGUUUGCAUCUGAAUAUCAGGUGCUGCUAGCCAACCGCCUGUUGUCAGGCACGUGCGCUGACACCGAGCGUGAGGUCCGUUACCUUGAGUGCCUCAAGCUGCGCUUUGGCGAGGCCCAGCUGCACGCCUGUGAAGUGAUGCUGAGAGACUUGGCCGACUCUCGCCGUUUCAACGCCCACCUGGCAUCCGGUGACAUCCCGGGCUACACCGAAGGGGAGGUGGAUGUGUCAGCAAUUGUGGUGUCAGCUCAAUUCUGGCCAACUUUCAAGGACGAGAAGCUGGUGCUGCCAGCACCUGUGCAGGCGUCACUCGACCGCUACACGCGUGCCUUCGAGACCAUCAAGGGCAACCGCACCUUGCAGUGGCGCCCAAAUCUGGGUCAAGUGGUCCUCGAAAUCGACACUGGCACCCGCACCCUGCAGCUCACCGUGUCACCCAUGCAUGCCACGCUCAUCUACCACUUCCAGGAGAAGCCACGGUGGACAUUGGAUGAGCUGAGUGCGGUGACCCAGGCAUCGUCAACACUCGUGCGUCGCAAACUGGCCCUGUGGCAGGGUCAGGGAAUCCUGUGGGAAGAGUCACCUGGCGUGUUCGCUCUGGGAAGCCACGGAGGCUCGACGGGGGGCGGCAACAUCCCACCUCAGCCCUUGGAGUUGGACGAGGAUGAAGAGGAGACUCCUUCGGCCAUGGCGUCCACCCAAGACCAGAAGGAGAGCGACCUUCAGAUCUACUGGUCCUACAUAGUGGGCAUGCUGACAAACCUGGAAUCGCUGAAGCUGGAUCGCAUUCACACAAUGCUCAAGAUGUUUGCCAUGCAGACCCCUUCGACAGCAGAGCUGACUGAGCAGGAACUGCGGCAUUUUCUUGAUGGCCAAGUCUCCAAACAAAAGCUGCUGUAUUCCGGCGGACACUAUAGGCUGCCAAAAUCAGAUAGCCAGUAAAACAAAACAAAA